AGACUCGUCCGUGUCUUCCUUCAGUUGCCUCUGCUAAAAUAUGGUGGAGCCGAGAGCGACAAAGAAACACACCGAUAGAUAGGGAGCGCGAGAGAUAAAGAGGAGAUCGUAACAAUAGAAAAGCUCCAUGGGCGACGCGAAAGCCAAUUCUACCUCGUCUGUGGCCUUGGACGAUUAUCUCCUCAAAGAAUUCUUUGCCGAGGUUAGCGAAGUUGAGCGGGACAACGAGGUUAUCCGGAUUCUUUCAUGCUUCAAGUUAAAUCCAUUCGAGCAUCUAAACCUAGCAUUUGAUUCGUCAAUAGAUGACGUGAAAAAGCAAUAUCGUAAGUUGUCAUUACUGGUUCACCCUGAUAAAUGCAAGCAUCCACAAGCAAAGGAGGCUUUUGGAGCAUUGGCAAAAGCCCAACAGCUUAUGCUUGAUCAACAAGAAAGAGAUUAUAUCCUUAGUCAAGUUAAUGCUGCAAAAGAAGAAUUAAGGGCAAAGAGGAAGAAGCAGUUGAAGAAAGAUACAGCUUCUAAAAUAAAGCAAUUAGUUGAUGAGGGGAAAUAUGACCAGCAGUAUGAGCAAUCUGAGGAGUUUCAAAAGGAGCUCAAAUUAAAAGUUCGUGAAAUAUUAACUGAUCAAGAAUGGCGACGGAGGAAAAUGCAGAUGAGGAUAUCAGAAGAAGAAGGUAGAGUAAAGAAGGAUGAAGAAGAACAAAAAGAAAUGUGGAAAAAAAAGCGUGAGCACGAGGAGAUGUGGGAAGGAACAAGAGAAAAUAGGGUUUCAAGCUGGAGAGACUUUAUGAAGGGUGGAAAGAAGGCUAAAAAAGGAGAACUCCGUCCACCAAAACUCAAGACAGAGGAUCCCAACAAGUCUUAUGUCCAAAGGCCUGUAAAGCGAGGUUAAUUUGGCAUGUUAAGAGUUGUGUUGGCUCUCUAAUUGACAACCUCCAUUUAUGGACUCUGGAUGUAGGCUGCAAUAUCUAUUGAUCUGUCUUAUAAUCCUAUUGUACAAAGGCCUUGUUACAGUUCGGGACAUUGUUCAUUGGCAUAUCUACUGGAUUGAAUUUUGAAGUACUGUUUUUGAUGGAAUUUAGAUUCUAAGGGCAAUGAAAAUGAACUUUAUAAUGGAUUCA